AUGGGAAGCUGUGUCUCGGCAGUAAAAGGGCAAAGCUCUAGACGCUCGGCAAAGCAGAAACAGAACAACAGUUUCCAUAACGGAGUAUCAAGUCAAAUUCGUUCUCCUGCUGCCAAUGCUAGAGUUGUCAGGAAAGGGAAGAAGAAGAUUCACAAGGGAAUAAUUGGUUUGCCAUCAAAUUUCCAGCACACUGGGCAUAUUGGAGUUACUGAAAUGCGUAGCGGGAAAGUUGACCCGGAGAAGAUUAAAACGCAAAUGUCGGAAGUUGCCGCUGCUCUUCGGUUAGAAGAACAAACAGGCCAGAAGAACGACGUAUCUAAAGUAGAGUCUUCAAGCGACUCUCAAUUUGAUGAUGCUAACUUCAAAGUGAAGAGGAAACCCACGUUAUCGGAUAAUAUCUCUUUGCCACAACAGCAGCGACCGGCAUAUCCACAGACUGCCGAUCCGAUGGCCGAGGUAAUCGCUGCAUUGAAGAUGCCACCUGACCUGAACUUUGACGUUGUUACGUCCAAUGGAGAAACAACCCGACUUAGGUAA